AUGAUCGAAGCAGGCAAGCUUCGUCGAAGCCGCCCCGUCCUCAUGUCAGCUUCUGAAAUCGCCAAGAAUGAAGAAGAUACUCCAAGAGGCGACGACCUUCCCUCGGGCUGCACUAUCCUUAACCGCAACCCUUCCCUCACCCUCGCGAGCUCCGACUUCGUCAAGCCUCACCAAAAGUCGACCAAGGCGUCCGAUCUUGAGGUUGUCAAGGCAAGCGACGGCAAGGGUAAUAGUCUACUUGAAGCCGCGCGGCGUGGCGUCGGAGAGGUCGGCGGCAGUGCGGCAAAGGAAACCACGCCGUCGUCGUCCGUAUCGGAUGACAGUCCCGGAGCAGCUGGUCAAUUAGAGACCUCGACGAUACCGCCAACUUCUGCCCCAAACGGCCGGCCAACCCGUGACGAGAGCCCACCACCCAAAUCGGGGUCAAAGUCGAACGCGCUAGAGAUGGCAUGGUCCUCCGCCGAAGCUUUCCUGAGAUCGAUCGCUUCUGGCGGCGGACCGGGCGAGAAGAAGGCGGGACGGUCCGGUCGAAGAGAAAGUCAUGUGGAUACCGUAAAGGUGGCUGGCACCCAGACGGAGGCGCCCGGAAAACCCGUACCGUUUGGAAGAGCAGGAGAGUCAUCAUCACCGGGGCGACCGCAGCACCGACAAGCGGGGGGAGGUGCUGCACCGAAGGCGUCGCCGCUGCGGUACAACCCCGGGCCGACGUUUAGAAAAUCUCGAGGUCGGCGGAGGAAGGCUCUGCUGGACCCGUCGGGGAUAACGGCCGAGAAGGUCGUUGGAGCCGACGAGCUGCUCGCGCUUCUGAGAGACUCUUCUCUUCAGCAGGCAUCCCUCAAGAACUAUCUAAGAGCGAUUCUCGCGAUCCAGUACGGAUGCGUCCGGGGAUCCAUUCCAGUCUGGCGGCCGGUUGACGGGAAGAAGGCAACCAAGGGUGCUGAUUCCACCUCGGACGAGGCCGCGUUGAGAGGGGGGUUGGCGGAGUCAGAGGCAACCGGACGCGCAGCGCUUUCCACUUGUUCCGCGCAGGACUUGACGAGCUACAUAAUCACGCUUCAUGAUGCCAGGACCAAAGGGGGCGCGUGAAGUGCAGCUUGUAUGUCGUCCGAGUUAGCUUUUUACCGCUCCACGCGGAGGACUUGGAGACCGAGGCAUUUUCUGUGUUGUGACGACGACCCGACGGAGUAUGUUUCAGAUAUCUACAGUGUACUAAAAUGGUGACCUUGCCAGAUAGAAUGUUGCGGGCCUUAUGUGGCGAAUUGGAAUAAUGUCGAUCGAUUAAUGCGGCGAAGUGAGCCCGUAUUUUUCACGUGUUGUUUGUGUUCCCCAGUGCCAUUUUGUCGGGGAAAGACGUAGAUCUCAUUCAUUAUUUAUUACGUCCAUGACUCGUUGUGUCAAGCCCUGCUGUAGCUGCCUUCCGUUCCCUUUGAUUCAUAACGGCACAGGGCAGCUGAGGCGGAAAAUAACAGCUCAAGAGCGUGCGUGGGGUGCAAUCGGGUUGUGUAUCGAAUACCGUGAAAUUACGCAGUACGGCGGGUAGUUUCAUGUUCCAGUUGUGGUCGGAGCCUGUAGUGGCGUGAUAGGUGGGUGUUCUCGAGUAGAUCAUAACCACACCGUGUCGUGUUACUUCUUGUCAGACCUACGAGAGUUGUUUUUGUCGCAAGCAAGAGCUCAAUCAUUGAGCUAAACGGUGCUUUGCACGUCUUGUUCGCGCAAUGGAGUUGGAUGUGUGGCGUCACAAUUUCGUACCAAGGGGGUGAACGUUUGUAGCAAGCAACAGAGAAUGAAUUGAAUAUACGUGCUACAGUAGGAUAAGAUUGUCGAACCGCGAGCUUCGGUGCUCGAAUGUUGUGUAUAACGGUAGUGUGGUGUACCGUUUCGUGUUGGACUUGAGUGUACUUUUCGUCUUUGUAUCGUAUCUUCGGGUUCGGGUAAGUUGCAGUGAAUAUAACCCUUAUCUUCAGGUUUCCCUUUCUUUAGUUCCUAGCUUAGAUAUUUCCUUAGCUUAGAUAACGUAAGCCACAUAGUUGAGUUGAGGGAAGGAAUGCUAUUCAGCGAAACCAACCAACAAAAUCGAUAUGGAUAGGGGGGGAAGGUCCUGAUCUGAUCCCGGAGAUUCGCGCUUAUAAGCGGUGCAAGACUUUUCGUGCUC